AUGUACUCAAAGGGUUUACAACUACUAACAAGGCAAUUGAAUCAAAGAACUUUGCUGAAUCCUUCUUUAUUUCAAAAGUCAAUUAUUCGACCUUGGGGUAUUCAUUCACUACGGUUUAUUUCACGAUCCCCGAUAUUGUUCAAUAAUCAUCAACGACCUGGCAAUUACAAACACAAUAAUUCCAUCAAUGAUAACAAGAAUGGAUAUGAACCUCUCCCCACAAAGGAACAACUAUUGGCUAAAGCAAAUAACUUUUUUUCGAGAUUGAGAAUUCAAUUGAAAUGGUUGCUUAAGAAAUCAAACAGACCGUUUAAUACCGACGACUAUUCAGCAUUCUUCUCCUGGAUAGUAGUUGGUAAUGUAUUUAUGUUUUUUGUUGCCACCACUACGUUUGUAUCAGUCAUUAUCUUUUUGGCCAAUACGGUGUUUGCCCAAGAGUUUGUUGCUAGAAAGCUAGGAGAAUUCAUUACGAGAAAUUCCAAUUUGACAGUUACUUUUGAAAGCGCAAUUGUUCCGGGUUGGGCAGAUGGUAAAAUCAGUUUCAGAAAGUGUUUUGUAAGUAGAAGACCCAAGAAAGUUGAGAAAUUCAUCAAGGGCUCACAACAGCAAGCCUAUGAAGAAAGUUUACAGAAUGAACCUGUGCCUGAAGAUGAAGAAGAUAUUUUUGAGGAUGAUGGAAAUUAUACCCAGUUUGAUUUGACAAUUGAAGAGGUCAAUAUUUCUUUAUCGUUUAACAAAUGGGUUAAUGGAACUGGGAUGAUUGAAAAUAUGGAGAUUAAAGGAAUGAGAGGAGUUGUUGAUAGAACACAUGUUCAUUGGGAUCCAGAUGAUGACGCUACAAACUAUAAGAACGUUUAUCAUCCAGGAGAUUUUGAGUUUGAAUCAUUUAGAAUGGAGGAUGUGUUGUUUACAUUGAUGCAACCAAAUGGAUUCAGGGUGUUUGAUGUUGCUAUUUAUAACUGUGAGUUGUCCAAGUUAAGAAAACACUGGUUAUUUUAUGAUUUUAUAAAUGCAAAUGUCAUGAGUGGUGCAUAUGAUAAUUCCUUGUUUACUAUACACAAAAAGCAAAGGUUGAAUGACUUUGAUGGGGACUCUUCACCAAAUUCUAGAAGUGAUAUCCAAAAAUGGAAACGUGUUACCAGAAUGAGAGUAGAUUCAUUAAACAUUGAUCAUUUAAAUACAGGGUUAGACGGUCCGUUUGGAUGGAUAACAAGUGGAAGAGUUGAUAUGAUUGGAGAUGUGAUGGUUCCUCAGGAGGACGAUGAAAUCAGUGUAUCAGAGAUUGUAACCAUGAUUGGAGAUGCUAUUAAAAAGGAAGCAACAAGAUAUAAGAACCCUGAAGUUCAAGAGAAACACCCAGACUUGCGUACCAGAUUAACGACAGAUGAUUAUCUUGAUAUACUGAAAUAUUUCGUGUUGGAUUUGACCUUGAGAUUGAGCAAUGUACGUGCUACUGUUCCAUUUAAAGCUCCAGAAUUGUCGUACAUUAAUUACGCGCUUAUCAGACCAAUUGUUGCUUAUAUAAAUUCCAAGAAUACAUUAAUUGAAAUUCACAACAGAGUCGUUAAAAAUUUACAAGAUUUCAGUGGUUCGUGGACCGUUUAUGACUCAUUACUUAUGGAUGACAUAUCAGAAGAAGUUUAUGAUAACUUUGCCGAUUACGUAGCUGAUGAAGAAGCAAGAUUGAUCAGAAUGAAACGAGUUGGUUUCUGGUCACUUCAAUUGUUGGUUCAAUUGAUUUUGUUUGGAGUUGGAGCAGUGGCAUAA